GUUCUUUCUAGUUAAAUCACAUUCUCUUCAAACAAGUUUCCUAUGAACCUAAUUCAGUGGAAGGAAAAAUGUGGUCUUCCCAUUGUUGUCAGGUUUGUAUUUUAUAGGCCUAUCAAUCUGAAAAAUUUUCCGUUCCAGAGGAAUGGAAAGAGGACACUUAAUUGUCCCUGAAAUGCCCAAUCUGGCUUUGGAUGAGGGAGUGGAUAAGGUUCUAGGAAAACAUGGUGGUUCUGAGAACUACAACUGCGGGUCAGGCUGGAGGUGGCAGUGUAAGGAAAGGGUCAUCACCAUUGAGCCUCACACAGGGACUCCUGUAGAAAGUACUGGAAUCAGUUGUCAAGUUCUCCGGAGAAAAGUGUCGGGUCACGAAAGGCAGGACUGCAAGCCUUCUCAGAGGAGGCCUGCACCCUCCGCAGGGGUCUCUGUGGAGGAGCGUCUUUGAUCUGUACUUUCUCCUUCCGCUGGAAAGUGACCACACAAAGGUGGAAUCCCAGGGGCUGCACUGGUGCUGGGAGAGAGGCCCUGCUGGCCAGAUUCAGUGUCCCAAAAUAGAUCCAUAAAUGCGGCAAGCCGAGUCCCUACCCCGCUGAUUUGGAGUGUAAAGUGUCACGUAGGGAAUGAGUUUGACGAAUGUGGGUGUGUUAGUUGAAAUUUCCUAGAGAGUCCUGACAAGUUCAUCAGCAACUAGAGCUGCCCGGGUCCGGCCCUUUCAGCUCACAGUGCAGAAAGAAGGCGUUGACACUAACAAACCAGUGUGCGGAGGGACGCCCUCCGCUGUGUGGACCCCGCGAGAGAGGCCGCAGUGGCGGCAGCCUUCGAGUUUGCACCACCUGCAGCCUAUUUCUAUCAGGGCCAGAUGGACUGCAGACUUGGGCCAAUCCUUUAAAUUCAGAGCAACAGGUAGAGCAGAGGGCAGGCUGGCUGUGGGCGGGGCGCGUAAAUGGAGGGCCGGUUGCCUGACGAGGUGUUGUUCAGAAUCUUCUCCUUCCUGGACGCGUCCAGCUUGCUGCACGUCGCCCAAGUGAACAAGUACUGGAACAAGGUUGCCGAGAGUGAGCCGCUGUGGAGAAACCUAUGUCGAAGGAAAUGGAGCUUCUGCACCUUUUCCCAUCGGUGCCCCGGCGCACAGACGUGGAAGCAGUACUUCCUCAAACAAACGAGGCAGGAGCGUUGGAUGGCGUCCGCAAAGCCCGAGAACUUUGUCUACAAAGCAGCAGUUGGCAACCUCGGAAUCUUGGGACCCAUGGCUUAUCUCUCAGGAAGUGGUCCCACGAUGGAUGAAGAGAAGUCCAUCAUUUGUACCGUGUCUUCAAAGCGUAUGCUUUUUGCCUGGGAUGUGCAGGAGGGCACAAUGAUCUGGUCAAGCCCAGUCCAGCAGUCAAGCAUCAUGCACCUGGCGACCCUCCCUCAGAUGCAUCUUGCAUUCACUGUAGAUUUGAAGGGAGCCAUCAAAGUGUGGAAUUGUCGGGAUGAGGACACUCUGGCGACCCUCAUCAUGUCUCAGGCCUGUCUCUCCUUGGAAGCCUUUCUCACAAAGGAUGGCCCAUUCCUGAUGGUAGGCACUUGUGAAGGCGACAUCUACACACUGACGGUGCCUGAGUUAAAGACUGUUUCUAAAGUUAACGCAUUUAAAUACAGAGUUGAUCUUCUCUACUGCUCUCCUGACAAAAGGUGGAUCUUUGCAUCUGGGACACAUGAAUGUAUCUUGCCAAAGGUAUUUUUCACAGAGUGCUUACUGAGACCAUCAGAAGGCAGAACGCCUCUCUCUCUCUCUCUCCCGUUUUCAUCAUGCUGCAGAGCCUGCUGGGCCCCAAGGAGGACAAACAGGGUAACACUGAUGUUCCAAAGAGAUGCUUUAAAAAAGACAGGAUUCACCACCUUGGAUCUAACAACUGAGGGGACUGGGGGCAGGACAUUCAUCCAAGCACGUGAGGUUGCAAGUUUCCUGUUGCCAGUUCACAUGGAGAGUCCUAUUUGGAUGGGAGUCAGUGAUGGAAAUACGAUUGUCUUUGAGAGUGGGCCAUACCUCUUCCUCGUCAGCAUCAGUGGCCACCUGCUGCAGCGGUUUGAGUACCACGACAAGACCAUCUGCAACUUAUGGGUGGAUUCUCUCCAUGUCCUGACGACAUCCGUGGAUGACUCUCUGCACGUGUACAUGUGGGAAGAGGAAGGCCGUUAUCCGUACCUCAGGAGCUGCUGUCACUUGGAACACAUAGGAAGUGAUCAGACACCGAGCUGCUAUGUUCCCAAGGCAAUAUGUGAUAAUAAGAGCAUAGUAUGCAUGGUGUCAAGAAUUCGUGAAUCCAGCAUUCUGGUGGGAAUUUCCAUUAAGGAGUCAUCGAGGUGCAGGGAGAAGCUGGGCUUCUGCUUGAACGGGGGUGUGUGUGUCCUUCGAUCAGGAAGUGACAUUUUCUGCAGUUUCUUCUCUGCCUUAGAAGUCAUUGUAACCCAGGUAAACAUACCAGUUUCCAAAUGAACAUACUGUACUACUUUUAAAAUUACAGUUUCUAAAUAUUUCGUUUUGUCCUCCACUUUAAGUUUAUGCCAGUUAAUCUGAGGAACAUAUUUUACAGCCACCACAGAGGAAAGGAUUAUUAAUCCUCCUGAAAGUAACAUUUUGGUAAGAAAGAGUAUGACAGAGAUUUAUUUGAAUUAGUUGUUUCUCGCCAUUGUUUCUUUUAAUUAAAAAUAUAGUAUCACUAAAGACACAUUUUAAGUGGACAGAAUUAUGGAUUGCUCACUGAAAUACGAUUUUUAAAAAUAUCUUGGGUUUUUAUUUUUAGUGAAGUCUAGUUGAUUGCCAACGUGUUACUUAUUUUUUAAACUUUUUUUAGAGUUAGUCAUUUUUCAAUGUUGUGUCAAAUUCCAGUGUAGAGCACAAUUUUUCAGUUAUACAUGAACAUAUAUAUAUUCCUUGUCACUUUUUUUUUCGCUGUGAAUUACCCCAAGAUCUUGUAUAUAUUUCCCUGUGCUAUACAGUAUAAUCUUGUUUACCUAUUCUACAUAUGCCUGUCAGUAUCUACAAAUUUUGAAAUCCCAUUCUGUCCCUUUCCACCCUCCACAACCUCAAGUUUAUAUUCUAUGAUAUCUGAGUCUGUUUCUGUUUUGUAUUUUUUAUUUUUAUUUAUUUUUUAGAUUCCACAUGUGAGUGAUCUCAUGGUAUUUUUCUUUCUCUUUCUGGCUUACUUCACUUAGAAUGACAUUCUCCAGGGACAUCUUUGUUGCUGCAAAUGGCAUUAUGUUGUCGGUUGUUUGUUAUGGCUCUAUAGUGUGUUCCAUUAUAUAAAUAUACCACAGCUUCUUUAUCCAGUCACCUGUUGAUGGACAUUUAGGCUGUUUCCAUGUCUUGGCUAUUGUAAAUAGUGCUGCACAUUGGGGUGCAGGUGUCAUACUGAAGCAGGGCUCCUUCUGGAUAUAAACCCAGGAGUGGGAUUCCUGGAUCAUAUGGUAAGUCUACUUCUAGUCUUUUGAGGAAUCU